CGGACCGGCCCGCACGCAGAUCGUUCCCAGACCCCGAGGAUGCGCAUCAUGGGCGCCGGGACCCUCGUCCUGCUGCUCUCGGGGGCCCUGGGCCUGACGGGGACCCGGGCGGGCUCCCACUCCCUGAGGUAUUUCGGAACCACCUGGUCCCGGCCCGGCGGGGAGCCCCGCUUUGUUGGCGUCAGCUACGUGGACGACACGCAGUUCGCGCGGUUCGACAGCGACGCCACGCUUCAAAAGGUGGAGCCGCGGGCGGCGUGGGUGGAGCACGUGGAGCCGGGGUUCUGGGACCGGGAGACAGCAGACGUCAAGGUGGUCGCACAGGCUGUCCGAGCGGAGCUGAAGUUCCGGGGCAGCUACUACCACCCGAGAGAUGCUGGGUCUCACACCAUCCAGGGGAUGUCUGCCUGCGACGUGGGGCCGGACGGGCGCCUCCUCCGCGGGUACUGCCAGCUCGCCUACGACGGCGCUGAGUACAUAGCCCUGAACGAGGACAUGCGCUCCUGGACCGCGGCCGACGCGGCGGCUCAGAUCACCCAGCGCAAGUGGGAUGCGGCCGGUUGGACAGAGCGCAAGAGGGCCUACCUUGAGGACAGGUGCCCGGAGUUGCUCCGCAGAUACCUGGAGAAGGGGAAGGAGACGCUGCUACGCGCAGAUCCUCCAAAGGCACACGUGACCCACCACCCCAGCUCUGACCGUGACAUCACCCUGAGGUGCUGGGCUCUGGGCUUCUACCCUGCGGAGAUCACGCUGACCUGGCAGCGUGAUGGGGAGGACCUGACCCAGGACACGGAGCUCGUGGAGACCAGGCCUGCGGGGGACGGGACCUUCCAGAAGUGGGCAGCUGUGACGGUGCCUCCUGGAGAGGAGCAGAGAUACACCUGCCAUGUGCAGCACGAGGGGCUGCCCAAGCCCCUGACCCUGAGAUGGGAGCCGCCUCCUCAGGCCGCCAUCCCUGUGGGCAUCAUUGCUGUGCUGGUCCUUGGAGCUGUGGUCACUGGGGCUGUGGUGGCUGGAGCUGUGCUGUGGAGGAGGAGGCGCUGAGUUGGAAAAGGAGGGAGCUACGCUCAGGCUUUAAGCAGUGACAGUGCCCAGGGCUCUGAUGUGUCUCUCAAGGCUUCUAAAGCGUGAGACUGCCUUGUGGGGACUGAGUGAUGCAAGAUGUAUUCAUGCCCCACUUUGUGACUUCAGGAGCCUCUGAUCUCUCUUUCUGCAAAGGGUGUCUGCGUUUCUCUCAGCAUCGUGUGAGGAAGGGGAAGACUGCCCACCCCCUGCCCUCCAUGCCCCCUCCCUGCACUGAGUCUCUUCCCUGACCCACUGUCCUGUUCCAGCAGAGGCUGUUUCCAUCCCUGCUUUUACUUUGUGUUACACAGAGCAGCAACUUCUUACAUCCUAUUGAAAUAAGCAUCUGGAUAUGGAUUUUUCAGUUCUUGCCAUGAAGGGUUGAUGAGUUAAUUGAAGGAGAAAAUGCUAUGGUUUCAGGGGAAAUAAAUGGAAGCACUGAGAACCUUCCAGAAUCCAUGUGUUGGCUGUGCUGAGUCUGUUGCAGGUGGAGACAGGAGAAGCUGUGAGGACCGAGCGUGGACGCGGACUGAGCCCAUUCAAUGCUCAGGGCAUUGUGGGCAUCGACGUGGUCACUCCUCGGCUGGGUGACCUCUCUGCUUCUUUGUCCUUGUCCCUUCAGUAGAACCUUCUCCCACCAAGAUCUGUGAUCACAGGGACUUGAACAUCACCCAGGUCUGGUCUUGUCAGUGAGGGCUUCGUGUGUCCGGGUCAGCCUAGGUUCAGGCCUGACC